CGGGAAGGACCAGGAGGGCCAGGGUCAGGCGACCGCGCCGGGCAGAGGGACGCGCCGCGCGCCGAUCGUAGGCUUGGCCUUAAAUUACAGAGACCCUUGAAAAAGUCGAGAGUGAAAUCGAUCUGGCAGGGUCUUACAGGCUUCGAGGACUUCGAUUUCCCGACGUUCGCGUGGAAUCGAACGUUACUCCCCGGUGGGACACGGUCUCCUCUUGCAAAGUGCCACAAUGAGCCGGAGAAGCGGCUGUGUCGCAGCAGCGGUUUUUUGGCAUUGUGACUUGAGCGCCUCUCGUGAAGCUGUUAAGUACCUCACAGAAGCUCUUACACCUGUCAGUGAAAUAGAACUUGAAGAUGCACUGGAAAAGAUCAUUGAUGCAGUUGAAAAGCAACCCUUGUCAUCAAACAUGAUUGAACGAUCUGUAGUGGAAGCAGCAGUCCAGGAAUGCAGUCAGUCUGUAGAUGAAACUAUGGAACAUAUUUUCAAUAUCAUAGGAGCAUUUGAUAUUCCACGCUUUGUGUACAGUUCAGAAAGAAAAAAAUUUCUCCCUCUAUUAAUGACCAACCACCCUGCACCAAAUUUAUUUGGGACAGCAAGAGAUAAAGCAGAGCUGUUUCGUGAACGAUAUACUAUUUUGCACCAGAGGACACACAGACAUGAAUUAUUUACUCCUCCAGUGAUAGGUUCUCAUCCUGAUGAAACCGGAAGCAAAUUCCAGCUUAAAACGGUAGAAACCCUAUUGGGCAGUACAACCAAAAUUGGAGAUGUGAUUGUUCUUGGAAUGAUAACCCAGUUAAAAGAGGGAAAAUUUUUUCUGGAAGAUCCUACGGGAACCGUACAACUGGAUAUUAGUAAAGCUCAGUUCCAUAGUGGUUUAUACACAGAGUCAUGCUUUGUCUUAGCAGAAGGCUGGUUUGAAGAUCAGGUGUUUCAUGUCAAUGCCUUCGGAUUUCCACCCACUGAACCCUCUAGUACUACUAGGGCAUACUAUGGAAAUAUUAAUUUUUUUGGAGGGCCUUCUAAUACAUCUGUGAAGACUUCUGCAAAACUAAAGCAACUAGAAGAAGAGAAUAAAGAUGCCAUAUUUGUGUUUAUAUCUGACGUUUGGUUAGACCAAGGAGAAGUGUUGGGAAAACUUCACACCAUGUUUUCUGGUUAUUCACCAGCACCUCCAACCUGCUUUAUUCUGUGUGGUAAUUUUUCAUCUGCACCAUAUGGAAAAAAUCAAGUUCAAGCUUUGAAAGAUUCCUUAAAAACUUUGGCAGACAUAAUAUGUGAAUAUCCAAAUAUCCACCAAAGUAGUCGUUUUGUGUUUGUUCCUGGUCCAGAGGAUCCUGGAUUUGGUUCCAUCUUACCAAGGCCACCACUUGCUGAAAGCAUCACUGAUGAAUUCAGACAAAGAGUACCAUUUUCAAUUUUUACUACCAAUCCUUGCAGAAUUCAGUACUGUACACAAGAAAUUAUUGUCUUCCGUGAGGACUUAGUGAAUAAAAUGUGCAGAAACUGUGUCCGCUUCCCUAGUAGCAAUUUGGAUAUUCCUAAUCAUUUUGUAAAGACGAUCUUAUCCCAAGGACACCUGACCCCUCUCCCCCUCUAUGUCUGCCCAGUGUACUGGGCAUAUGACUAUGCUCUGAGAGUGUACCCUGUGCCUGAUCUCCUGGUCAUUGCAGACAAAUACGAUCCUUUCACUGUGACCAAUACAGAAUGCCUCUGUAUGAACCCGGGAUCUUUUCCAAGAAGUGGAUUUUCAUUCAAAGUUUUCUAUCCAUCCAGUAAGAUAGUAGAAGACAGCAAACUUCAAGGUUUCUGAGAUUCUAAGACCAUCUAAAGACAGAAAAUUCAUCAGUUUCUGCUUAAUUUUGUAUCUAUGUAAUUUUGAUAAGUUACAAUAAAAUUAUGAUAAACUUA